AUGGCGGGCCCGGGCGGUGCCGGCGGUGCGGGGGACGCCGGGGAUGUGCUGAGCGGCGGCAGCGAGCGGCGGUGCCGGGCGCGGCUGGCGGCGGGGGGCGCGGGGGGCGCGGCGGCGGCGGCCGCGGUGCUGGUGCCGCUGUGCUCGGUGCGCGGCCGCCCCGCGCUGCUCUUCACGCUCCGCUCCCGCCGCCUCGCCGGCCCCCACAGCGGCGACGUCAGCUUCCCCGGUGGGCGGCGGGACCCGGCGGACGGGGACGCGGUGGCCACGGCUCUGCGGGAGACUCGGGAGGAGCUGGGGGUGGCGGUGGCGGCCACCAGCGUCUGGGGACAGCUUCGGACGCUGCCCGACCGGCAUGGAAUGACCGUGGCACCCGUCGUGGCCAACCUGGGGCCGCUGGAGGCCUUGACACUGAACCCCAACCCUGAUGAGGUGGAGGAGGUGUUCACCCUGCCCCUGGCUCACCUGCUCCGCGAGGAGAACCAGGGCUACACCCACUUCCGCACGGCCAGCGGCUACGGAUACACCUUGCCCGUGUUCCUCAACGGCCCCCACAAAGUGUGGGGGCUCACAGCCAUCAUCACCGAGCUGACCCUGGAGCUGCUGGUGCCUGGCCACUACCGCAGGAAGACCCACGUGCCUCCCCGGAAAGCCCCAGCCUGAGCGGGGAGGGGCAGGGGGGUCCCGUGCCUCGGUUCUCCCAACGCACACGGGGGAAACGGCUCAGAGCCCAGCAGUGAUGUCGCACACUGUGAUUCAGUAAAAGCCAUGUUUGGAACUGC